AUGGCCGCCUCGCUGCAGUUCUUCCUCACCCGCCCGGGCGCGGUCCAGACGUCCAAGUCGCGCGUCCGCCACGGCACAAACGUGCCCCUGAUCCCCGUCGACCAGCUGCCCGAGUGGCUGCACAUCGUCGACGUGCCGCGCGUGCUCAGCGACCAGCACGCCGCCGGCCUGACCAGCGUCGGCCUGGCCUGCCGGCCCCCCGAGACGCUCGAGGUCUGUGUCCUGCGGGCUCGGCUGCCCGCCAAGGAGGAGGAGGAGGAGGGAGAGGAGGAUGAGAAUGAGAAUGAGCACGAGGAGUAUGCGCCGCCACCGCCACCGCCGCCGCCGCCGCAGCAGCAGUUUGGUCGGAGGCCCGGCGACUUCAUCAAGGCCCAGACGCUAGGCACUGUCGGGCAGGCACAUGCAGGCAAGAACGGCACGGAAGCGGAGCGGCCGGCGGUGGCGUUGCCGGAGCAGCGCUCCCUGUCAUCCGACCUGCUGCGGGCGCUGGACGAAGACCUGGCCGCCGCCGCCGCCGAGCGAGCCCGCCAGCGGAACUCGCGCGCUGCCCAGCAGCCGCCGCCGCCGCCGCCGCCGCCGCUCGAGAACACACUUGAUGAUGGCCAGCAGCAGCAGCAGCAGCAGCUACAGGGCGGUGGUGGUGCCCAAGGCGACCGCCACUACCCCACGUCGCGCUGCGCCUCGGUCACCGCGAGCCGCCAGCCCGUCGUCGCCGCCGCCGCCCGCGCAGGGCUCGCCAGCUCCAUGCACGCCCCCCGCAUGGCUGCCGAGCACAAGGCGGCGGCGCCGCCGCCGCCGCCGUCGCUGGUCAAGCUGCCGUUCAGCCGUGCUCCAGGGGCGCAGCAACCCAGGGGCCCUCCGUCGACGGCCGAGGCUUAUGACCCGGCCUGGGUCCGCCACAUCCAGGGCCGGGCGGCGGCUCCAGGCCACGGCCGAGGGGCGUCGUACUGUCGUCACUGGUGCGUGCACGGCACCUGCAAGUGGGGCAGGAACUGCCGCUACAACCACGCCAUGCCCGCGACGCCCGAAGGGCUCGCCGAGGUGGGCCUGCGCGAGUUCCCGGAGUGGUGGGCGGCCGCCGUGGGCCUGGCGGCGCGCGGCGGCGGCCCCGGCAUGGAGCAGCAGCCACACGACGGCGGCGGCGGCAACCAAGCGCGGCACCGCCAGCCCGCGGGCGAGGCCAAGGCCCUUCCUCCUCCCCGCGGCGGCCCGCCGGACCAGGAGGAGGCGGCAUAG